AUGCCUGGACUUGGUAUGAUUAACCUCAUUAUACAAGAUGUUCGAUUCAAUCAAGCGGUCGGCGCUGUACCAGGAGCUGAGCCUUCGCUUGGUCUUUAUUGGGUGCUUGGGGCCAUGGGAUUUGGAUUUGAUAAUUCUUGGUGGGGAGAUGCUCUUGGAUUGUCGCCAUUUGGCAAGAAGUAUGGCGAAUGGGAUGAUGCCCAGAAUGACUAA